CUCGGGCGGAUUCUAGGUUCUUAGCUGUGCUCUCUACUGGCUUUCUGGCUUUCUCUCUGUCCCAGUUUCCAACACGAUUGUCUCGAUCAGAUCCAACAAACAUCCCGACAAUAAGACCCUCGUCGAGGCGGGUGAUCUCAGGCAGCCGCCGCGCAUCUCCACCGGGUCGGACGCAGUUGACAUCUGUUUACCAAGAUAAUAGCAAGAGAGCAAAGGUCUGCCUCACCCAAGGAGAUCAAGUUGAACAGGAGUAAACAAGAAAACAAAAAGAAAAAUAAAAUUAACGAACCUAGCUGGUUGUCACGAGGUAAACAGAAAAAGCUAAGAAGAGAGAGCGAGGGCGAGAGAGAGAGAGGGAGAGAGAAGAUGGCAACCCCGGCUCACUGCUACUACUGCUUCGAGAGCCUGGCCGCCUCCUACCAACGCAAGGACCCGAUCGAUCUUGCCUCCGUCGAAGACCUCUGGGAACGUCAUGAACAAUUCAAGAAGCUCUCUGCGCUGCAGCAGAACACCGAAGAGACGGACUCGCUCAGCGUGGACGACGAUGAUGACGAUGACGAGCCCCGCCACAGGAUCCAGCUCCCCAGUGUCCGCCGAUUGCAGUCCGACUCCAGUUCCACGACAAGACCCUCGUCUCUCAAUUCAUCGCACUCGACGCUGACCACCUCCACCACGCUGACCACCCCGGGGUCCGCCUCCCUCUCCGACACCGUGUCUGGACGCUCCUCCCAUCGCCGCGAGCCGCGUGAGCACCAGGAAUACCCGCUCUUUGUCACAUGGAACACCAUCUCCCGACAUGGACACAAGUCUCUCCGCGGGUGCAUCGGGACCUUCGAGGCCCAGGAGCUAUCCGAGGGGCUGAGAGACUAUGCUCUUACUUCUGCAUUCGAAGACACUCGCUUCACCCCCAUCCCUUCCACCCUCCUCCCCUCCCUCUCCUGCUCCCUAACCCUCCUAGGCAACUUUGAACCCUGCACCAAUGCCCUAGACUGGAUUCUCGGCCUCCACGGUCUCCGUAUCUCCUUCAUCCAUCGUGGCCGCCGCUACGGCGCCACCUACCUCCCCGACGUCGCCGUCGAACAAGGCUGGACCAAGGAGGAAACCGUCAAGAGCCUGAUGCAGAAGGCCGGCUGGGAUGACACCAGUCACAUUGGCAGCAACAGCAGUGCCGCGCGGCGAUUCUUCCGGGGCAGUGCCGGCAGCACUAGUAAUAGUAGUAACAACAACAGUAGUGCUAGUCCGCCUGGGGCCUCAUCGGUCCAGCCGCCAUGGGAACGGGUCUCGGAUUUCCGGGCCGUCAAGUAUCAAGGGUUGAGAGCUAGUUGUACUUAUGCGGAGUGGCAGGAGUGGCGGCAGUGGGUUUUGGGGUUGGGCGAUGGGAGUGAGAAGUUGUUGGUUGGAUGAUUUUCUUCUGCCUGCCUUGUUGCUUUCUUGCGAAAGAAUCCUGAAUAGACUCCUUCUCCAUUUUUCUUGGUUGGGAUGGCGUGAUUUGGACCUAUUUAAUGAUGAUGAUGAUGAUGAUGAUGAUGAUGAUGAUGAUGAUGAUGAUGAUGAUGAUGAUGAUGAUGAUGAUGAUGAU